AUGGUCAUGGGAGAAAGCAAGGAGAAGGCGUUAACGUUAAAGCCGAAUCUGCUUUCACCCAUGUCCACAUACGGCGCGACCUCAGCCCUUGUACGAACGCCGAGUUCAUCGUCGUCCCCUUCUACACGCACGAAAAUACUUCUCCUUGGCCAGCGCCGUGCAGGAAAAUCUUCAAUCAAAGAGGUCCUUUUCAAUGCGCUCCCGCCAAAGCAGACUUUUCAUCUCGAAACGACAAUGCGCGUUGACCGGCACCCUUACGACACGAUUAUUCCGCUCGAGAUUUGGGACUGCCCGGGGAACAUAACCGUCGACACACUUGGCGCGCCACUGUGUCGCAAUUUGGGGCUCUUAUAUUCGUCAUUGAUAUUCGUGCUCUUUCAGGAUGUGUUCAAGCAGCCCAUAAACAAGCUGGUGGAGUUCAUUGUGGCUGCACAACAGCAAAACCCGUCCAUCUUUAUGGAGGUUUUCGUGCACAAGUCAGAAAAGUUUCAGGAAGACGACAAGAUUGGUGCGUCUAAAACUUCCGGCAGAUACAAGAACGUGUUCAUGAGUCGCUUAUCGACCGGGCUACAUGAAGCUUUCUCGAAAGUCCUCCACAAGCUGAUCCAUCCUUUGCCGUUUCUGGAAGAUCUCGUGAACGUCUUUUGUGCCAACUCGCAGUCGCCGAAGGCGUUCCUUUUCGACAUCGCGUCCCGAUUAUAUGUGGCCACCGACAACUCUCCCGUCGACUCUGCCACUCAUAAUCUGUGUUGCGACUAUCUUGCCAUGCUAAACUCUUUCGGGCAACUGUAUCGAACGCCAACCUCCCGCGACAAUCGACUGCGACUGCCUGAAGAGCCUGCAAGUACAAAUGGCCAUUCCUCCCCACCGUCCACACCUUCGUCAUCAUCAUCAUCAUCUACCUCCUCUCCCACCAAAAGCACCUCACCCUCUCCCCGAACAAGCCUGCUUCUACCCCUCUGCCGCCGCGUCGCUGCACCCAUCGACACCGGGAACAACUCUCACAUACCAUCUCGUCACGCCCCACCUCGCGCUGGUCGCGCUGGUGCCAACAGCGGUUUACGAGGGCAGAAGAGGCCUGCUCGAAUAUAA